AUGGAUUGGGCAAAGUCUUUACCUGGUAAAAAGGUCAUUAUAUGCGAUAAUUUAUCAAGCCACUUAAGUGUGAGUGUUAUCGAAUUAUGUGAGUGUCACAAUAUUCAGUUUGUUUUCAUUCCAUCUAGCUCGACACACAUAACACAACCCCUUGAUGUCGCUUUUUUUACACCACUUAAAAAAGUGUGGCGAGCAAUAUUACUCAAGUACAAAAUGGAAAAUCCCAACCAAACUACUCCGAAUAAGAAUCAUUUCCCAAAACUUUUACAUUCUUUAGUUGAUCAAGUUGAAAUAUAUUCACCUAAAAAUAUCAAAAGCGGAUUCAGAGCAACGGGGAUCUACCCAUUUAACCCAAGAGAAGUACUGAAGCGUGUACCAGAGUAUCAAGAAGAUGUGGCAUCAUAUGGGAUUGACAAUGCGUUGCUAGACUACUUAAAGCAGAUCAGGCAGCCAAAUCCUACGAUAACAAAAAGAAACAAGAAAGUUAUGACUGUACCUGGAAUCAGUAACAGCCGAUGA